CCGGCAACGCGCGACAGCGCUGCGGCCCAGCAAAGAUUAUUUUCGUCCGGAAAUCCUGCCUGGGCCGAGCGUCCCAGCGCGUGGCGGGUCAGGCCGAGGCUUGGAGGUGCGGGGCGGACGUCCGAACGGUCAGCGCGAGACGAGGGCCACCUCCGGCACAGACAGGUCCGACUGAGGGCCGCGUGGCUGCGCGAGGCCCGUGUGAACUGACCCGGAGAGGAGGGGGCGGCGCCGGCGGCGCUCGCGGUAACACCCGGACCGGGAGGGAAUCAGAAAACCACCUUUCUGAGCUGUCAGGCCUGCGGCCUUGGGGAUCGCACGCACGGUUCAAACCAGAGCUGGAGUUCCUUCUUGUCCACGAGGUGCAUGCACUGUGACUCUGCACUGCCGAGGCCCUGGCGGCGAUGGUCCAGAGGCAUCCCCAAGCAGUAAUGCAACUGAAGUUAUCCUUAGUACCACGAGCCGCUCCUUUGAAAGACCUUAAAAGUUUCUUUCCCAAAAGGUGGUUUAACGGAGGCGUAAAGACCUUGCACCACUGGAGGUUUCAGCCCUGACCAGGCCUGCGUUUCCUUAUGGCCCUCUACUUUGACCACCGCAUAGAAACCCCAGACGCAGUCGGGUCUCCUUCCCACAUCAGUUGGCACCCCAUUCACCCAUUCCUGGCGGUUGCUUCUGUUAGCACAACCUCAGGAGGCAGUGUGGACAUCUAUCUGGAGCAGGGUGAGUGCGUACCGGACACACAUAUUGAGAGGUCUUUCCGGGUCACCUCUCUGUGGUGGCACCCGACGCGGCUGAUCCUGGCUGUUGGCUGGGAGACAGGAGAAGUGGUCGUGUUUAAUAAGCAGGACAAGGAGCAGCAUGCCGUCCCCCCAACACACACCGCCGACAUCACCGUCCUGAACUGGAGCCCCAGCGGGAACUGCCUGGUGUCAGGAGACAGGCUUGGUGUCCUGCUCUUAUGGAGGUUGGACCAAAGGGGUCGAGUACAUGGGGCACCACUGCUGAAACACGAGUAUGGAGAGCAUCUCACUCACUGCAUCUUCCGGCUCCCCCGUCCUGGCGAGGACCUCGUUCAGCUGGCAAAGGCAGCUGUGAGUGGUGAUGAGAAAGCCCUGGACGUGUUUAGCUGGAGGAAAAGCGGCUUUGGAAGUUUCCUGAAAAUGGGACCUCAAGAGGGACUCUCGUUCUUUGUCAGCUUGACGAAUGGAGACCAAGAUGACCAGAGCAUGGAGGCUGCUUGUCGGGAGAGUGGUCAGUGUCAGCGCUGGACGGUGGUGGAGGGAGGAUGGCAGACACAGGGGUCCAGGCCAGACCGACCCAGAGACAGCAGAUGCAGAGGGACUGUGCACUACGUGGACGAGAAGGGCAGGACGUCCCGGGUGGCCUCCACAGACAGCUCCAUCCAGACGCUGUUCUACCUGGAGAAGAGGGAGGCGCUGGUAGCCGUCACAGAGAGCCUGCUGCUGUGCCUGUUCACGGUGAUGCCCGAGGGCACGGCAGAGGAGGUGAUGAAGGUAAAGCUGAGUGGAAAGAUGAGUCACCGGGCAGACAUCACCCUGAUUGACGGCAGCCUUCUCGUGAUGGCCAUUGGGGAGGCAGUCGUCAGGUUCUGGGAUUUAGAACGAGGAGAGAAUUACGUACUGAGUCCAGAGGAGAAGUUUGGUUUUGAAAAAGGAGAGAAUAUAAACUGUGUUUCUUAUUGUAAAGUCAAAGGUCUCCUGGCAGCAGGUACCGAUAAAGGGCGAGUAGCCAUGUGGAGAAAGGUGCCAGGCCCGCAGGGCGGCCGGGGGGUGGAGGGCAAAGACAGGUGGGCCCUUCAGACUCCCACUGAGCUGGAAGGAAACAUCACACAGAUAAAGUGGGGCUCCCGGAAGAGCCUCCUGGCCGUGAACAGCAUCAGCUCCGUGCUCAUCCUCCGCGAGCAGGCCAUGUCAUCCCACUUCCACCAGCAGGUGGCCGCAGCGCAGGUCUCCCCGAGCCUACUCAGCGUGUCCUUCCUGUCCACGGGGGUGACGCACAGCCUGUGCACAGACAUGCACAUCAGCGGAGUGUUCGCCACCAAGGAUGCUGUUGCCGUCUGGGAUGGAAAACAGGUGGUGAUCUUUGAGCCUUCUGGAGCCGCAUUACGAAGUGCAGGUACCUUCCUGUGUGAGUCUCCAGUGUUGGCCAUGCAUGAAGAAAGCGUUUAUACAGUGGAGCCAAACCGAGUCCAAGUUCGAACCUGGCAGGGAACCGUGAAACAGCUCCUGCCGUUCUCUGAGAUGGAGGGGAACCCGUGCUUCUUUGACAUCUGUGGAAACUUCCUGGUUGUAGGGACAGACUUGGCUUACUUUAAAAGCUUUGAUCUUUCCCGAAGAGAGGCAAAGGUGCACUGCAGCUGCAAGAGCCUGGCCGAGCUGGUCCCGGGCGUAGGGGGCAUGGCCUCGCUCAGAUGCAACGCCAGCGGCAGCAAGAUCAGCAUCCUCCUCAGCAAGGCUGACAACAGCCCCGAUUCCAGAAUCUGCUUCUACGAUGUGGAAAUGGACACAGUGACCAUCCUCGACUUCAAGAUGGGACAGAUAGAUCAGAGAGAGACAUUGUCCUUUAAUGGGCAGGAGACUAAGAAGAGCCAGGCCCUCACGGAAGAGAGGCUGACGAAUCUCAUGCCCAUGAGCCAUUUCUGGGAUCAGAGUGAGCCCCGGCUGUUCGUGUGUGAAGCCAUGCGGGAGGCGCCAGGCGCCCCGCCGCAGCCCAUGGACAGGAAGGCCCUGGCCGAAGCCAGCGUGGACCCCACGGCGGACGUGCUGGUCCUGUCCUUCUUCGUCUCCGAAGAGCAUGGCUUCCUGUUGCAGGAGAGCUUCCCGCGGCCCCCCGCCUUCCAGACGCUCCUGGGAAUCCAAGUGCCCCAUUAUUACUUCACGAGAAAGCCAGGAGAAGCGGACCGUGAGGACCAGGUGGACUCCGGGUCCCAGCAGGUCUCCCAGAUGGUGGGCAGGAGGCCCUUGAGGGACUUCGUGGGGCUGGAGGACUGUGACAAGCCCACACAGGAUGCCAUGCUCAACUUCAGCUUCUUCCUCGCUGUCGGGGACAUGGACGAAGCCUUCCGGUCCAUCAAGCUCAUCAAGAGCGAGGCUGUCUGGGAGAACAUGGCACGCAUGUGCGUGAAGACCCAGCGGCUGGACGUCGCCAAGGUGUGCCUGGGGCAUAUGGCCCAUGCACGUGGGGCCCGAGCGCUGCGGGAGGCCGAGCAGGAGCCAGAGCCAGAAGCCAGGGUGGCCAUGCUGGCCAUACAGCUGGGCAUGCUGGAGGAUGCGGAGCAGCUGUAUAGGAAAUGUGGGCGCUACGACCUUCUCAACAGGCUCCUCCAGGCCUCGGGCCAGUGGCAGAGGGCCAUCGAGGUGGCUGAGUGUCACGACCGCGUGCACCUGCGCACCACCUACUACAACUAUGCCCGGCACCUGGAGGCCAGUGGGGACUGCAGCCUGGCUCUCAGCUACUAUGAGAAGUCAGACACGCACUGCUUCGAGGUGCCGCGGAUGCUAGCAGAGGACCUGCAGGCCCUGGAGCAGUACAUCAACAAGAUGAAGGACAAGACCCUGUGGAGGUGGUGGGCCCAGUACCUGGAGAGCCAGGCUGAGAUGGACGCCGCGCUGCACUACUACGAGCUGGCCCACGACUACUUCUCCCUGGUCCGCGUUCACUGCUUCCAGGGCAACAUCCAGAGGGCCGCUGAGAUAGCCAGCGAGACCGGGAACUGGGCGGCCUCGUACCACCUGGCCCGCCAGUACGAGAGCCAGGACGAGGUGCGGCAGGCUGUGCACUUCUACACACGCGCCCAGGCCUUCAACAACGCCAUCCGCCUCUGCAAGGAGCACAACCUGGACGACCAGCUCAUGAACUUGGCCCUGCUGAGCUCCCCCGAGGACAUGAUCGAGGCCGCGCGCUACUACGAGGAGAAGGGCGAGCAGAUGGACCGGGCAGUCAUGCUCUACCACAAGGCCGGCCACUUCUCCAAGGCGCUGGAACUGGCCUUUGCCACCCAGCAGUUUGUGGCCCUGCAGCUGGUGGCAGAGGACCUGGAUGAGAAGUCAGACCCCGCCCUCCUGGCUCGCUGCUCCGACUUCUUCCUGGAGCACAGUCAGUACGAGAGGGCGGUGGAGCUACUGCUGGCCGCCAGGAAGUAUCACGAAGCCCUGCAGCUCUGCCUGGAGCAGAACUUGACCAUCACCGAGGAGAUGGCUGAAAAGAUGACAGUGUCCAAGGACUGCAAGGAGCUAUCUGAAGAGUCCCGGCGUGAGCUGCUGGAGCAGGUCGCCAGCUGCUGCAUGCGCCAGGGCAACUACCACCUGGCCACCAAAAAGUACACACAGGCGGGGGACAGGCUGAAGGCCAUGAGAGCACUGCUCAAGUCUGGGGACACCGAGAAAAUCGUGUUCUUUGCGGGUGUCUCGAGGCAAAAAGAGAUCUACAUCAUGGCGGCCAACUACUUGCAGUCCCUGGACUGGCGGAAGGACCCAGAGAUCAUGAAGAGCAUCAUCAGCUUCUACACCAAGGGCCGGGCCCUGGACCUCCUGGCUGGCUUCUAUGAUGCCUGUGCCCAGGUGGAGAUCGACGAGUACCAGAACUACGACAAGGCCCACGGGGCACUGACCGAGGCCUACAAGUGCCUGUCCAAGGCCAAGGCCAGGAGCCCACUGGACCAGGAGGCCAGGCUGGCACAGCUGCAGAGCAAGAUGACACUGGUGAAGCGCUUCACGCAGGCCCGCAGGACAUACACCGAGGAUCCCAAGGAGUCGGUCAGGCAGUGCAAGCUGCUCCUGGAGGAGCCAGACCUGGACAGCACCGUCCGCAUCGGGGACGUGUAUGGCUUCCUGGUGGAGCGCCACGUGCAGAUGGAGGACCUGCAGACGGCCUACAAGUACCUGGAGGAGAUGAGGAGGAGACUGCCCUCUGCCAACAUGUCCUACUACGUGAGCCAGCGCACCGUGGACGCUGUGCACCAGGGCCUGGGCAUCCCGCCGACACGCAUCGUGCCUGAGCGGACGCACCGCGACAGCAUGGAGGACCGCAAGGAGAUGGAUGAAGAGGUGAUGGAGGAAGUGGAGGAUGGCCCCUGA